GUAGGGUCUUCCCCGGACCUCAGACAUGGAAUAACCGGCCUCAGGGCAGCUGGGGCACCAAGUGGCUUACCCAGCUAGGGUGAUGGGCUGGACUGACUCCAGUGAGUUUGCACUUGCCUAUUAAUUAGACUGACGGACUGAGACCCGUGGACUGCCCUGAACCAGCUCCCCAAGGCUGAACAGCCCAGCCCAGGCCUGAGCAGUCCUGGAGGGCCCAGCCAGUGUGAAGGGUCUGAAGUGAGGUUCACACCUACCCUCGACCAGCCCAGCCUCUUCACCGACCUGCUGCCGGCACCGGCUGCGCACCCAUGGAGAAAAUGUCCCGCGUAAGCACGGCCCUGGGUGGCAACGUGCUGACGGGCCGCACCAUGCACUGCCAUCUGGACGCGCCGGCCAAUGCCAUCAGCGUGUGCCGUGACGCGGCCCAGGUGGUGGUGGCCGGCCGCAGCAUCUUCAAGAUCUACAGCAUCGAGGACGAGCAGUUCGUGGAGAAGCUGAACCUGCGUGUGGGCCGCAAGCCUUCGCUCAACCUGAGCUGUGCGGAUGUGGUGUGGCACCAGAUGGACGAGAAUCUGCUGGCCACAGCGGCCACCAACGGAGUGGUGGUCACUUGGAACCUGGGCCGGCCGUCCCGCAACAAGCAGGACCAGCUGUUCACGGAGCACAAGCGCACGGUGAACAAGGUUUGCUUCCACCCUGCCGAGGCCCACAUGCUGCUCAGCGGCUCCCAGGACGGCUUCAUGAAGUGCUUCGACCUGCGCAGGAAGGACUCCGUCAGCACCUUCUCUGGCCAGUCUGAGAGCGUGCGUGAUGUGCAGUUCAGCAUCCGGGACUACUUCACCUUUGCGUCCACCUUCGAGAAUGGCAACGUGCAGCUCUGGGACAUCCGGCGGCCUGACCGCUGCGAGAGGAUGUUCACAGCCCACAACGGGCCUGUCUUCUGCUGUGACUGGCACCCUGAGGACAGGGGCUGGCUGGCCACCGGCGGGCGCGACAAGAUGGUGAAGGUCUGGGACGUGACCACGCCCCGUGCCAGGGAGGUGCACUGCGUGCAGACCAUCGCCUCGGUGGCCCGUGUCAAGUGGCGGCCUGAGUGCCGCCACCACCUGGCCACCUGCUCCAUGAUGGUGGACCACAACAUCUACGUGUGGGAUGUGCGCCGGCCCUUUGUGCCUGCCGCCAUGUUUGAGGAGCACCGCGACGUCACAACAGGCAUCGCCUGGCGCCACCCACACGACCCCUCCUUCCUGCUGUCCGGCUCCAAGGACAGCACGCUGUGCCAGCACCUGUUCCGUGACGCCAGCCAGCCCGUCGAGCGCGCCAACCCCGAGGGCCUCUGCUAUGGCCUCUUUGGGGACCUGGCCUUUGCUGCCAAGGAGAGCCUGGUGGCCUCUGAGUCUGGACGCAAGCCCUAUGCUGGUGACCGGCGCCACCCCAUCUUUUUCAAGCGCAAGCUGGACCCCGCCGAGCCCUUUGCGGGCCUGGCCUCCAGUGCUCUCAGCGUCUUUGAGACAGAGGCUGGCGGCAGCUGCAUGAGCUGGUUUGUGGACACGGCCCGGCGUUACGCCUUGGCCGGCCGGCCGCUAGCUGAACUCUGUGACCACAACGCCAAGGUGGCCCGGGAGCUGGGCCGAAACCAGGUGGCUCAGACGUGGACCAUGCUGCGUAUCAUCUACUGCAGCCCUGGCCUUGUGCCCUCCACCAACCUCAACCACAGCGUGGGAAAGGGCAGCUCCUGUGGCCUGCCGCUCAUCAACAGCUUCAACCUAAAGGAAAUGGCCCCAGGGCUGGGCAGCGAGACCCGGCUGGACCGCAGCAAGGGCGACACUCGGAGCGACACAGUUCUGCUCGACUCCUCCGCCACGCUCAUCACCAACGAAGACAACGAGGAGACCGAGGGAAGCGACGUGCCGGCCGACUACCUCCUGGGUGAUGUGGAGGGCGACGACGAGGAGCUGUACCUCCUGGACCCGGACCACACGCACCCUGAGGAGCCCGAGUACGUGUUGCCCCAGGAGGCCUUCCCACUGCGCCACGAGAUCGUGGACACGCCGCCUGGGCCUGAGCAUCUGCAGGACAAGGCCGACUCGCCACACGUGAGCGGCAGUGAGGCGGACGCCGUGUCGCUGGCGCCUGUGGACUCCUCUUUCUCGCUGAUCUCAGUCUCGCACACGCUCUACGACAACCGCCUGCCACCGGACUUCUUCAGCGCCCUCGUGCGCGACAUGCUGCGCUUCUACGCUGAGCAGGGCGACGUGCAGAUGGCCGUGUCGGUGCUCAUCGUGCUGGGGGAGCGCGUGCGCAAGGACAUUGAUGAGCAGGCCCAGGAGCACUGGUACACGUCCUACAUCGACCUUCUGCAGCGCUUCCGCCUCUGGAACGUGUCCAACGAGGUGGUCAAGCUGAGCACCAGCCGCGCCAUCAGCUGCCUCAACCAGGCUUCCACCUCUCUGCACGUCAACUGCAGCCACUGCAAGCGGCCCAUGAGCGGCCGGGGCUGGGUCUGCGGCAGGUGUCACCGCUGCGCCAGCAUGUGCGCCGUCUGCCACCACGUGGUCAAGGGCCUGUUCGUGUGGUGCCAGGGCUGCAGCCACGGCGGCCAUCUGCAGCACAUCAUGAAGUGGCUGGAGGGUAGCUCCCACUGCCCCGCCGGCUGCGGCCACCUCUGCGAGUACUCUUGACCCGGCCUUCGGGACACCUCUGGAACCUGCCCUGAGGCGAUGGCUUCUGCAGGAGCUCGGGACCCCAGCCCCCGACCGCGCCUGCAUGGACGCCUCUUGCCCAGACUUUGUGCCCAGGAGGAAGGGGCUGGAACUUGUGAACCAAAUAAAGCA